CACACACAGAGAGCAAAGAGAGCAAAGAGAGCAAAGAGAGCGUGAUUCAGUCCGCGCAUAACUUUAACUGUCUCUGGCGCUCUUCGGUCGUUCAUGUGCGCACGAGGAACUCUGAGCUCACGGGGGAGAGAAGGAAAAAAACCUGAAAUAGUUGGUGGACGUCGGUCGGUUACUUUAAAAGAUACACUGACAGUCAAACCGGGAUAGCAGACCUCCACCUGGACAGUGUGUUUCAAAAAGGAUCACGGGACGGUUCACCUGAGGCGCACGAGGACAUCGUUUGCAUGAAACUGUGGCCAGAUAAAAGCAGUGGAUGCAACUACGCUCCAUUCUUAGAAAAAAGGUGGAAGAGUGGGAGAGGCUCUGAGGAGGACCAGUUGACCACCGGCAGAUACACCUCAGCUCAAAUAUCCUCCAAACCCAGCCCCAAACGCACCAUGUCCCUCAGCACUUUUCACCUCAUGCAGACCCUCAAGAACUCUCCCGCCGCGCUGCGUCGCCGCUUUCGCCGCGACCGCACCGAGUCUUUGUCCCACGGGGACCCCCUCUUCAAGGUCCACUACCUGGGCACGGAGAAAAUCUUCUCCCUGGAUCGAGAGCAGGCCCAGGACGCCAUCAGCCACUUGCUAGAAGGCGUCGCCAACGGGAAGAAGCCGAGCAAAGAUCACGCCCUGGUGGUGCGCCCGAGAUACGUGGAGGUCAAGGAGCUGAGUACGGGUCGGCAGCUCACUAAGACGUACCUGCAGGACAUUGCGUACUGCGCCGCCGACGCCAACCGGCCCAACGUCUUCCUGUACAUCUGCAAACAUCACGGGCAGCAGCUGCAGUGUCGGGUGUUCUGGUGCAGCCGGGCAGAGCGGGCACGGGACAUGACCGCCUGUCUGGCACAUUCUUUCCAGCAGGCGCUGAGCGACUGGCAGCAGGACGGCUCGGCCACGUUGCAGCAAGGAGAGAUGAAGGGGAAACGAGUCGAGGAGUCGUCCAACUCUCCCGGCAACGCGAAGAGCUCCACGCUGCCUGCCAGUCUGGGAAAAGUUCGCUGGAAGAAGAGGGGCUCGGUGUCUCGCAGCCCCCUCAGAGCCAUCAGCAGAAGAGGGUCUGCCUCUGACAGCUGGAACUGAACCCCAGCAUUCAACCCUUCAAACACGGGACCACAUUAACCUGAUGACAACCUCAAGGAUGUCAGCACUGACGGGAGGAGGAGGACGAGGAGGAGGGGGGGGAGUGAUUACAAGACAGAAGGACGGGACAAAGGGGAUAAUCCGGGAAGUGGGGAAAGUCCAUAUUUGGACUCUGCUUGUGAGUGGAUGCUGUAAUCAGUGAGCGAGCGCAUGGACUUGAAGGUUUUCGACGCAAAGGUUUGUCCGUCGACUUCCGCAAGAGUGGCGUCCAAUGUGACACAAAAUGCUGUUAACGGCCGCCUUUGUUCGCCUGUCGUCCGCUACGCGAGGACUUGUGAAUGGCCGCGAGCCGUUUGCAGAGCGGACUGGUUCAUUUCCAUUGCCGUUGUGUUUGUUUUUAAGUUGUCUACUUGAUACUCGAACCUCCAAAGAGUUUGGACUGCUGGAAAAGAGACAAACAGACAAUGAUACCAGCCGUUGGACAAACUGAUCAACAGAUAACGAAAAACUGGAAAAAGACAACGAGAGCUUUCUCUUUCAUUUCCUUGAAGACUGACUUUUAUUUGACUGACGUAUGCGACAGGUCAUGAUGAUUUUAAUGUAUUUUAUGUUAACCCUGUGGCACUAGCAAGCAUAUAUCUCCUCUUUUUUUAAAGUGGAAUGGCGGAAACAACGCUUUUAACCUACGUUGCGAGAGUUUUGAGAGAUUACAUGGAUGUCAACAACAGGUUGUCAUACAAACGCUAAGCAAAAUCCAUUCUAGUCCGCGAUGCACGUGGAUGCAGGUCGUAUGUUCUGAGCACUUUUUUUUCUAAAUUUCCAGCUGUAAAAUUCGACACCUGAACACAUCACAAUUUACGUUGUAUCGUUUCUUACAUUUCAAGAGGUCAGUAGCUUUCAUGAAUCGUAUGACAGGCCCCAUUGUUUUCAUCCUGGAAAAAAGAAAACAAAAAAACAGAUCCUAACUGUCCACUGCAAGCACUUAUUUGCAUUUACGUGGAAAAAUCCUCGGCCAUGACUUGCAGGGUUUGUUUGUGUCCGAUCACUGGGAACGCUGUGUUCCCAUGUCGAGCCUCCGUGUGGAAUGCGCGGCCGUGCACCUGCAUUCCAAUUGGACGAAAUUCGAGACAGAGAAUCUUCUUAAAAGCCCCCCCCUCCCCCCCCCGAAUUCUUCUCCAUGCCCGUCCAUGACUUUGCAUAUUGAGCUGCCUCGUCAGUCGAUGCUACAGUGUGCGUUUUAACUCUGAGCCCGUGACUUGUUCACAUUACCAAAGCCAUAAAAGGUGCCUAACUACUUCAGUUACAGUGGCGGUUACAGGCUUUGAUAUGUGCAGUAUUGCAUAACACGCUCUCAUGAUGGUGAUUUCUGUCUUAAGGUUUACAAAUGAGAGACUUGAGGAUUAGUGGUACACCUUAAGGCUACCAUUCAAUUGUCAUUUUGUGUUUCCUGACCAAAACUAAGCUAGAAAUGAUGCCUUUUUGUUUUUUAACAGGAAAGGUGUUUUUUGACUGAUGUGCCACUGGGUUUUUAAUUUUAACAUUUUGUACUCGUGGUCUAUUUUUUUUAAAACUACAAACGGCGCAGCCCCAAUCUCAGGGGUCAAAGUGCCCGCUUUAAUGCGUAUUUAAUCAAUGUACUGUUAUGUCAUUGUACAUAUUUAAUUAAAUAUGUAUUUUAUGAAAUAUUAAAACUUUUUAUACAACA